AUGCAUAGGCUUCCUCUUAAUAAUCCCACGGGUAUUGAAGAGCUUUUGAGUCUAGUGAUGGAGGACGACACAGCCGAUCUGGAGCUGAAUGACGAUGAGAUAAUAACCAUGGCUCAGAAAGCGGAAGUAGAGGAGAAUGACGAUCAAGAAAAGGACGAUGUGGAAAAGCAGAUAGUCACGAAUCUGGAAAAGCUAAGCCUAGCAAUUACUGCUUCACUGCUGGAGGAGACGAAUCCCACAGAUGGAGUGGUACUGAGGCGCAUUCGAGAACUACAGAAAUCUCUCAAAACGACGGCGAUAGUCCAGACUACCACCAGUUCGUGGCUGGUUUCUAAUGAGUCCAACUUGAUUGCUUGGCACUUUAUUGUCUUCUACGUCAACAAAAUACAUGUUUAUAAAAAAUGUUAG